AUGCUGUUCGAUUUGAAUUCUCGCAAGAGUGAACUGACCACAGAGGUCGCUAUUGAAUCGACAAACCUCCGCGUCAACAGUCAGAGACUUGUUUCUAUCGUCGCUGACCUCGCCGAUCUCGCCGACAACAAUCCACCUGCUAAACUCCUCACAUUUGGACCGACUGCCUCUCUAUCUUUUACCCCGCAAUGGCCAUUUGCGCCCCUCGUGGCACCUCUUGAAUCCGGUUCCAGAUGCCCACCGAUCCGCUGCAGCUUUAGUCCGGGCCCAGCAUACAAAGGCUGCACAAAAUCAGGUUACAUCCCACGGCGCGAGAGACGUGGUACAGGAGGCCCGAUCGUAGAUAUCAGUGGGGAUAUCCUCACCACAUUGCGCGAGGACAGCAGAAACACAUAA